CUUCCGGAAACUCGGGCACUGACAAGUCCUGCUCCCAGCCGUCCACCUUCUGCAGAUACUGGUAGACCAGGCUGUCCUUCUCCUCCUGGGUGACGGCGUCGAGCAGAGCGUACUCCAGCGAGGUCUGAGCCGGGAGCAGGCCCGAGAGGCUGCAGCUCCGGGCUCCGGGCGCCGCCAUGUUCUCUCCGGACAGUCCAGAGGCGGCCGCAGAGCCCGCGGGACGGUCUCGUUUGGAGGGAGAGGGACUUACGGUCCUUUGGUUUCAAAACCGCACAUUCGCCUCACUCUCCACCAGCCCCACUCCACGCUCACAGCACUUUUUUCAAAUGCUAAAGUACAAAUUGACGCAAUUCCCAGGCACGUACUUAAACUACUGUCCCAACCUACCCCGCCCCUCUAAAUCUUCUCGCCGCCGCUGAGCCUGGACAUUCAGAGCGCCAGAUUCAACAUGGAAAAGGCUUCUGGGCCAGCGUUCUAGAAGCUCCAAGAGAACAAUUCCCCACCCUUCACUUUGAAAAUUAGCAAGUUUUAGAACUAAAACAAAACAAAAAUAAAUCCGUAGGAUUUAAAAGGACCCUAACUUUUUUUCUUUUUAAAGUCUCACGUUUAGACCAGGAUCAGCCGAUUCGACACAGCAUUGGGAACGUGAAGCUGUUCCCGCCACGGCACGAAAGUGUUUGUUCAUUGCCGCUGGAGGAAGAUACUGGAUUGACCCAGGAAACUGAAGUUGUCGAAUAUUCACCAGUCACGGAUAAGGGCGCGUUUUGGGGUUUUUUUUUUUUUUUUUUUGCCAAUCACACACAUUCGAUUAUGGUGUGACUAGUGUUACUCACAAACUGAAGUAGCCAUUAAGUGUUUGGAACACCUGCUGAGCCAGUUGCCCAGGGACUGUGGUUGGAUUUGUGAGUUAUUUGGACAAUUGUCCAGUUGAAAGAGAGCUGACAGGAGCUUUAUAACAAUUUUACAAAACUCCUUCUAAGAUUGAACUGUUAAACCUAUACUUCCCAUUGGGGUUUAGUGUUCAAAGUAUUACUGAUACUACUUUUAUGAAUCAAGUCCUGGGAAAAACCAAGAUACCUGAACAAAAUACACACAAUGGAAAACUCAGAUGUUAAUUUGAUUGUGCUAUAAAUGAAACAGCAAGUGUUCUCAUGUAUAAGGUUUGUAGUUUGCCAAUAUAUUCAUUAUCAGAGCUUUAGAUUCCCAUCAAGUUGGUGGGUUUUUUGUUACUUUUUUUUCUGAGCAAAAUAAUUCCAUUUAAAAAUUUUGUAACACGACAUAGACCCUCAAUUUACUUAAGAUUAGUGCUUCUUUAAUGAUCAAAAACAUUUUGCCAUGUUAGAGGAUGCUUUUCUGGAACAAGACAUCUGGGAAUACAAAUCCAAAAGAAAACCCAAACCAGUACAUCCAAAUAAUUGCUCUGAGAAUAUUCCAAAAUCUGUUGAGAAAGCAACAGAUGAACAAUACCAGUCAAAACGAAACAGAAAUAAAAAAAGGACUGUAGAAGGUAGAAAGAAGGUUAAGGCCCCCGAAACGUGCCUUGGAGAAACAGAAAGUCAGACUUCUGGCGCUUCCAGUCAGAACUCUAGUUGUGGAGAUGGUAUUCAGCAGUGCCAAGACAGGGAGGCCACUCCAGGAAAGCACUGUAGGACUCACAAAAACAAACACGUGUCUCCGAAGAUACGACCAGUUUAUGAUGGGUACUGUCCAAACUGCCAGAUGCCUUUUUCCUCCUUGCUAGGUCAAACACCUCGAUGGCAUGUUUUUGAGUGUUUGGAUUCCAUACCAGUCUCCGAAACAGAGUGUCCUGAUGCUCUUCAGUGUUCCUCAACAAUUCCUUCUCAUUACAAGAGAUACACUCAUCUCCUGCUAGCGCAAAGCAGGGCUAGUAAUAGUCCUUUCAGCAAUCCAUCCCAUGAGUCAGGUGGGAGUUUCAGUGAGACUCAUUCAGGCUUUCUUUGUAGCCUUAAGGAAAGAUGGUCUCCAUAUCAGAAACAAACAGAUAACUUAAAAAAAAAUGUUUCAACUGAUCCCUUGUUAGUGACCCAAUGUCUAAGAAAAUCUCAGUCUCCAACUGAAACUGAUAAAAAGGUUUCCUCUUUGACAAAUAUCCAAACUUCCCAACAAGUCCCACAAUUUACAGAACUUGUUAAUAAUGACAAACUGGUAGGAUUUGGUUUGCCUCUUGCUGAAGAAUUAGACAGUCAAAACAGCCCAGAGCACAUAAAUUUGACAUUGCCAGAAAAUGACUUUAGCAACUGUGAAAUCUCCUAUUCUCCACUUCAAAGUGAUGAAGAAACUUAUGAUACAGAUGAAAAGCUGGAUGAUUCACAACAGGAACUAUUUUUUACAGAAAGCUCUAAAGAUGGCAGCUUAGAAGGAGAUGAAAAUAGCUCCACUUUGUCUAAAAAACUCCAUGACCCUUUACUGAAGGACCAGGAGGAGAGCUGCCCCGAAGUGGAUAGCUUCUUAACUCAGGAUAAAUACGAUGAAGAACUGUAUAAAUGCAACACUCUAAAUGAUUCGUCUCAACUUACUUUCCAAAAUAAGAGUAUUAUUUUACGUGAUGAUCCAGCAUAUACUGAUGAUGAUUUUAUAUUGUUUCCACCUGCAUUAGCAGAGAGGUUUACUUCUCCUAGUUACCAAGCCACUAAAGCAAAACCUGAUGAGCCAGAAUUUCACUCAUCUCAAUCAAAUAAAGAGAAACAGGUAAUUGGAGAAUCAGCUGUUUACAAUCAAAUUUCUCUUCCGUUACUUAAGAAUAAAAUGUCAAAACCUUUUGAAAGCCAGGGAGGAGGGUGUCAUUCUUUCCAACCAACCCAAAGUAAAACUAGAGAAUUAUCAAGUAAGAAUUUCAAUGCUAAGCACAAUACGAACUCAGCAUGUUUCUGCAGAAAGGCAUUAGAUGGUAUGCUAGACAGUAAAGUUACAGCUUUAAAUACAGCGUUAUUUUCUAGUACACCUGCUGCUGCUAAGUCUUUGAAAAUAUUGCCAUCUGGCCCUAAGUGUAAUGCAUCACAACCUUCUACUAAGGUAAUGAAGCAAAUGGAUAUAGGUGUGUAUUUUGGACUACCACCCAAAAGAAAAGAAGAGAAAUUGCUGGUGGAAAAUGCCUUAGAAGGGAUGAACUUAAAUACAGUUGUAAGUCCUGAUGAAAAGAGGUCCCGGCAGUGCAAGAGGAAAGCAGAAAAAUCUUUAAGUGAUUUAGAAUUAGAGGCAAAUAAUUUAAGUGAGAGUCAGCCCUCUGUGGAACUUUCUCGUAAGAGGUCACAGCAUCAAAGAAAGAGACUUAAAAAGUCAGAUUCAUUGCAGGAAGGAGUACAUCAGAAGAGUUCAGGUCACCGUAACAAGACAGAGCCUGGAACAGUCAAGUUAAGUAAAGACAGAGUCUUCGUAAAACCAGCUCAUGGCAGGCUGCAGAGAGGGAACACGAAAAUCCCAGAGUCAUCGAAUGCAGGAGAAUUAAGGAAAAGGACAUGUCCAUUCUAUAAGAAAAUACCUGGAACUGGCUUUACAGUCGAUGCCUUUCAGUAUGGAUUGGUUGAAGGUUGCACGGCCUAUUUUCUCACACAUUUUCAUUCUGAUCAUUAUGCUGGAUUGUCUAAAAACUUCACGUUUCCUGUUUAUUGUAGUGAGAUAACUGGCAAUUUGUUGAAGAGCAAACUUCAUGUGCAAGAACAAUAUGUCCAUCCAUUGCCAACAGACACUGAAUGUAUAGUGAAUGGUGUCAAGGUUGUUUUGCUAGAUGCCAAUCACUGUCCAGGUGCUGUCAUGAUCCUUUUUUAUCUUCCUAAUGGUUAUGUCAUACUACACACCGGAGACUUCAGAGCAGAUCCCACCAUGGAACGUUCUCUUCUUGCAGGCCAGAAAGUCCACACGCUUUACUUAGAUACAACAUAUUGCAGCCCAGAAUACUCUUUUCCGUCUCAGCAAGAGGUUAUCCAGUUUGCCAUCAACACUGCCUUUGAGACUGUAACUCUAAACCCACGUGCUCUUGUUGUCUGUGGCACUUAUUCUAUUGGAAAAGAGAAAGUCUUCCUAGCCAUUGCUGAUGUUUUAGGUUCAAAAGUGGGCAUGUCCAAAGAAAAAUAUAACACAUUACAGUGCUUCAAUAUACCAGAAAUUAAUUCCCUCAUCACUACAGACAUGUGCAAUUCACUGGUUCACCUUCUCCCAAUGAUGCAAAUUAAUUUUAAGGGUUUACAGAAUCAUUUGAAGAAGUGUGGUGGGAAAUAUGAUCAGAUUUUGGCUUUUCGACCUACAGGAUGGACACAUUCUAACAAGUUAACUAGUAUGGCAGAUAUUAUUCCCCAGACCAAAGGAAACAUUUCAAUAUAUGGGAUUCCUUAUAGUGAACACAGCAGCUACCUAGAGAUGAAACGUUUUGUUCAAUGGCUGAAGCCGCAGAAAAUCAUACCUACCGUGAAUGUCGGCACCUUGAGAUCCAGACGCACAAUGGAGAAAUAUUUUGAAGAGUGGAAGUUGGAAGCUGGAUAUUGAUGUUACCUCAGAGGACUCAGAAGUAGUUAAGUAACUUAGGCCUAGCUUGUUAGUAGUUAAAUCUUCAGUGAUAUGAUAUUUCACUUUAUGUGAAAAACCUCAUGAAGGUCACUCAUACAGCUUAUUUUCUCAUUUACGUUUGAAUAACAUGUUUACAGUGCAGGGCCUCUCAGCAUCAUCAAUAAUUGAGACUGGUCUGCCUAGUAUCCUUGUUUCUUGCCCCUCCCUGUGGGGCUGUUGUAUUCUGCAUCCAACAGUAGGAGCGUAAACAUAGGCAGGUUUGGGGACCAAAGGAUUCAUGAUAAUAAACUAGAUUGAAAGCAUUAUAUGUAAGUAAUUACGUAUCUUUAAAAUUAUUUAAUAUGGGGCAUAUUUUUAUGAGAUAAAG